CAAGCUAAAUAUUUGUCACCAACGACUCGGCGAGGGUUUAUUAUUAAUACAAAGUAUAAAGUUAUUAAUUGGUAAUAGUGAUUGAAUUAACUGUUUUAUUCUAUUAAUGUCUUUCAAUAAGCGUUCCUUCUGAUCGCCUCACUUUACGUCGAGGAAAUGGCAGACGAAAGAAACUUUCGAUCGUCUUAUUAUGAAAAAGUUGGCUGCCGCGGUGUAGAGGAGAAGAAAUCUUUGGAAAUACUUAUGAAAGAGAAGCCCUGGGACAGGGUUAAGCUUAAACAAUUCUGUCUACGUUUUACUGUUCCUGCUGCUUAUAGGAAUUUGGUAUGGAAAGUGUUACUCGAUAUUCUCCCAGUUUAUGCAGAUUCACACCAAUUUGUAGCAGAGCAACGCACAGACCAAUAUAACCAUAUGCUGUACGCAGUGGAAAUGUUAGAACUAGUUGAUAUGAAAGCCCCUCGCAGUGAGAUUCUUCUAGCUAUGUGGCUACUUGAAAAUGAAGAACGGAAACCACCUAAAUUCCCAGAAACCAAUUAUAAUUCGGCCGACACAUUUAUACCAAUAGCCAACACAUUACUCCAGCUUUACGAUGAUGAGGUGGACGUCUAUUGGCUAAGUAAGAUGCUGACGGAGAUAGUUCGUAACAUGCAAAAAGAAUUACCAAAAUUGAAGGAAGCCUUUCAAAGCAUGCUCGAAAAAGAAGAUGGAGAACUAUAUAACCAUCUUGUCGAGAAGAAAGCACUAGACGUUUUACCUUUGACAAAAUGGUUCAAUUGCUGUUUUGCUGGAGUAUUAGACGACACAUCACUUACAAAGAUAUGGGAUAAAAUCUGUAGUGGGGCACCAAAGAUCCUGUCCUUUGUGGCUGUGACACUAGUUAUAACUUUAAGAAGAAAUAUACUUAAAGCCAGAAACGGUGAUGAAGUACUUAAGUGUGUAUCAGAGAUACCUGAACAAUGUGAAGAGGUGGUAGCGAAUAAAGCCAUUGAAUUAUGGCAAUACUACGCUCAACCACAGAAUGAUCAGCUUGCGAAGAAAUGAUGUAUGACCUUCUAAUGAGUUCGCCUCAUUAGAAGAAAACAUUUGACAGUGCCGACAGCCACUCAACCUACCAAAUUAUUAAAAUUUGUUUGAUAAAACCUCUAAAGCUCAUUAGUAAUUAAUGUUAACGGCACAAGUUCUAUUAUGCUCUCUUGGACUAUUAACUAAUGCAUUGUAGCGAGUGUUACGGUUAGGUGGAUAAGGAAUAUGUAUAUAUUAUUACUAUUUUAAUGGCAGUGCUAGAUACAUACUAAAUUUAUGUAAGCAAUAAAAUUGUAAGCUAGCCGACCACUGGAUUUGAACAUAUAACAGAAGAAACCACCAUAAAACUCAGUUGUUACUUUUUAUCAAUCACGCGAAUCACUUAAAAUUGUACUAAUAUAUCCUUUGUGAACAACAAAUGUUGAUCUAAGUGAUCUUUUAUAUCAUUAAUUUUAUUAUCUGUGUGAUUUAAUAUAGAAUAGAAUACUAUGCUCCAAGAAGGAUGAUAUAUGAUAUAUUUGCAUAAACCAAUCAAAAUCAUUAAUUUGACAAGCAUUCUUUUAAUUUUCACAUCAGCAAUAUAGAAGGUAUAUGUGAGCAAUAUGUUGGUCCUGUAAGCUAUAUAGAACUACUUUAAUAGUUAUAAUUAUUAUGUAAAAUUUAACAUAUUCUUUAGAAAAAAAAAAUGAAAUGUAUUUGAUUUAAAAAAUGGCUUGAGUGUAGCUGUAUUAUAAGCUAUGUUUUAUAUAAAAAAGUGAUAUUAUAUGGACAAUUGUGAAUAAUGCUUUAUUAAAUAUACAAAAUAAUAAUUUGUAGUAGUGAAAUUGUAUUAAUAUUCAGUGUUAAGGGCAGUCCCUCACUAGGAGAUUUCACUUGUUUCGUAACAGUUCAGAUUCGAGGCAUUACAUUGAGCAACCUGGGCAAUUCUACUAACAAAUUGUCACUUUAUCGCAAUCGAGUCGGAACGUUAUCGUUGCCGUUCAGCAGGUGAAUCGAGAUCUAUAUUAAUAAAUAGAAUUGGCCUUCAGUGACGGUGAAGCUGAGUUUUAUUUGUAUUAGCUUGAAGUUGAAUCGGAACGGGACACUAUCAUAACCGUUAUAUGUUAGUAGAAUUGUCCUGCAAUGAUUCAAUUUGUAGAAUUACACUAGAGAAGAACACACAUUAAAGUGUACAUUUCGCCGAUUUUUAAAUAAUUCGCGAGUGAUACCUGUGAGGGACCGCUCUAAGGCAAAACAUAUUUUGUAUGAUCAGCAAGCUAUAUCUAGUAUAAGUCGUGGUUACAAUGUCUAACGCAGAAAAUUACUAUAACGUUAUGGCAUUAACAUUUUGAAUAUAAUAAUAUUUUUACACAAGAAAUUUAGCGCGUCUGUUGAAUGAUGCAUUGUAAUACUAUUAAAAUAUUUGAAACAA